UUUCUCAGCGCCAUGGCCCCAGCCACCCGCCCGCUCCUCCGCACAGCGAUGCUGGUGCUGCUGCUGCUGCUGGCCACCAGCCACCAGGCUGCAGGGACAGUUGUGGCCAGUGAGCUGCGCUGUCAGUGCCUGAGGACCCAACAAAGGAUCGAUUUCCAGGACAUCCAGAGCUUGAAGGUGACGCCCCCAGGUCCCCACUGCACCCAGACAGAAGUCAUAGCUAUUCUCAAGGAUGGUCAGGAAGUUUGCCUCGACCCUGAAGCCCCCUUGGUUCAGAGGAUCAUCCAAAAGAUACUGAAGACGAGCGCAUCUACUAGAGCUGAGGCGUCUGCUCUACAGCACAGCCGCCACAGGCAGAGGCCACUGGGGUCAGGCUGUACUCAGAAAACCCAGGAGAAAGAAGAAUUCUGUGCACCUACUAAAGAAAUCCGUUUUCUCAUGACAGCAUCAGGUCCAGCUGAGCCAGGAAAGGAGGAAGCCCCUGAUCCUGAUGAAGGACCUGCCUUCUAA